AUGCCUCUCGAGUCCCUACUCACGAACCCGAAUCCGCCCGUGCCACGGCCCCGGUCAAUAUUGUCCUUUUUGACCAACCCGCUCGCGAAACAUGCACGGAAUAUGUUUGAUAUCACCAUUGAGCCCGAGGACCCUUUCAGAACGUACUCGCCUGGUCAGACGGUCAAAGGGCAUGUCAUUCUCACGGUCUUGAAAGGGUUCGAUAUCACUCAUCUGGUCGUCGCUUUACACGGGUACGCCAAGGUUUACAAACAUCAGAUACCGCCGGGCGAAGGUGUGCCGGCAGCUGAAGGGCUGCUCAACGGGCAGGGGUCGAGAGGGGUACAAUAUCAUGGCAACGGGCUUGCGUCACUCUUCCAGCAGGAGCAGGUCCUCUGUGGCAAUGGCUUUCUCAAGAAACAUGUCUACAAGUUCGCGUUUGAGAUAUCUUUCCCCACCAAGGGUCUCCCGAGCACGAUUGAUUUCGAGCGAGGCACAAUAUCUUACAUGAUUACCGCCACUCUCACCCGGCCAACGACAAUCAGUCCAGUAACUAGCCGCAGCACGCGGAUAAAAUUCCAAGAUCUGAUUGAUAUCGAGCCGAUGUCCACCCCCAAAUCCCGCGUCAUCACGUUGGAACCUCUAUCAAAGCGUGGCAAAGUCAAGGUCGUCAAGCCUGGCUCGUCCGUAACCACCCAGACAACGUCGAGCGCAGGUGCUGGACGCUUAACGCGGAAUAAUACUCAGAAUAGCACCGCAAGUCGGAGCACAAGUUCCGUGGCUCGUCCUCCGUUGAGCCCUGCAGCGAGCGAGGAAACAAUGCAUACGAGCGGGACAACGCCAAGCUCCCCCAGCUUUCAUAUUGUCGACAACGAAUCGCCUCUGCGCAAGUCAAGCCCGCAGAACAGCGACGAUCGAAGUAAUACGACAUCAUCAUCUGCCAACACCAUCACUGCGACGACCGAACUACCCAGACAUGGGGCGUUGCCGGGUGACAUGGUACCGAUUCGAGUCUCGGUGACGCACACGAAGGCUGAUGCACGCGGUAUGGUCAUCGCCACCCUGUACCGGUUGGCGAGAAUCGAUAUGCAUCCUCCACUGCCGCUUCCGAACAGGUCGGGAAAGGGGAAGAAAAUGGAGUACGAAGACGUCUAUCCAAAAUCGCGAACGGGCCUGGGCGGCCUGUACUUCUCCGCGGCCUCUCCCAACAGCGCCUUUCGAAAGGAUCUGGCCCAAUCUUCCACUAUGCUGAUCGUCAACCCUAACACCAUGACCGCAGACAUCACAACAUCUCUGAAAAUCCCCGACGCUUCAUUUCCAAGCAUCUCAAAUGUGCCGGGAAGCAUGAUAUCUUUCACAUAUCACGUGGAGGUCGUGGUGGACUUGUUCGGUAAAUUGGGAGAGACACGACUGUGGCCGAGACUUACUUCCAAUGAGCCCACGUUUUCGCCGAGUUCUGACGCUGGCAAUCAGAUGACCUCGGAUUGGUCCCAUUCCAUUCUAGACACAUCUGCGUUGCGUCGAACCAAGAGUGUGAUCACGUUUGAAAUGUCACUCGUGGUCGGCACGCAAGAUAGUGGCAGGAAGCGAAGGCAGACCAAGCAAGCCGAAUACCAAGUUCCGGAGAAUACGACACUGGGCCCAGAGCAGGGUUGGCACGACUGGCAUUAUCACGAUGGCGCUUACGAAGGACAGCACUAUGACGAAGCGGGAUACCCCUACCACGAGGGCUACGGGUACGACUACGAGUAUGAGCUGAAUCACUACCCAGAAUAUCCCACCCCGACCCCUGAAAUGAUCCCGCCUCCGCAACCUCAAGAGGAGGACGAGAAAACUCGACUUCGCAGGCUCGAACAGCUACUGGAACCCAGUCAACCCCCGCAGGAAGGGGAAGGCUCCAACAGCGGUGUUCCGUUCGCUCCCACAGCCCCAGAUCUAUCGUCGGAGUCGGGACCGGAUGGAAUUGGGCAUCAAAACGACGGAAGCAGGACGCCGUCGACUUUGAACCCUGCUGCUUCCGUCACAUCUUCCACCAGGUCCGGAGACACCGUACGACCGUACUCGACGUCCCCUCCGCCCCCACCACCUCCUAUUGGCAAUGCUGGACAUAGCGAUGACAAGCAAGAGUUAGAGCGGCGCCGGCUUUUUGCGCAGACUAGCGCGCCGCCAUUGGAGGACGAAGCAGAGGCGCGUCGCUGCGCGGCUGCAACGUCUACGGCCCCAACUGCGCCCACGAUUGAUGAGCACCACGAGUACAGCGUAGACACCUUGAACCAUGAUCAUACGGGGCCGGAUCUGCCGCAGUAUGAGCGCUAG